GUUCGCUAACGAUAAACUAAUUUUGAUAUCCUUCACAGAAAAUUUAUUUGCGAAUAAUUUUUAGGAUAUUGUUUCGGUAUUUUUAAAACAGUAAGUAUUACUUUAAAAGGAAUCUAUAUAUUGUAUAAUUCAUAUUAAGUUUAACCAAUAUUCUAUAAAGAAUAUAUUUUUCAACUUCACAGCGAUGGGUGGUCAUCACGAAUCCGAAAUCAAAAUACCGGAUUACAGAAUAUAUAAAGUCGAUGAUGUUCCAGACCUUGUGAAGGUGAAGAACAUUCUAGCUUCUGAAGGACUGAAAGAUCCGUGGUUAAGGUAAAAUUAUUUUUAAUAAAACAAAAUUACCAUUUAUUUAUAUUAUAUUGCCUGUAAGUAUAAGUUGACUUGAAAAAAAUAAAUUAAAAUACAGAAAAAACACCCCUAUCUUCUUUCCUUUUCCCUCUUACUUUAUUAAUAUUCUACAAUCAGAAUAUCCAUUUUAUAAUUUCCCGUGAAAAUAUACAUAUUAAUAUUUUGUCUUAAUUACUCAAAAGCUUGAAAAGUGUUAAAAAUCUAAAAAUUAAAAUUCUCACUUUUUGACAUUUUGAUAUAAUUGUAAUUUAGUUGCCAUGUGAUUUUUAAAUUUUUUUUUCAAAACCUAGGUGAACAAUAUUUUAAAAAUGAUGGUGCAAACGAAAAUUAGCUAUGGUCAUUAGUUUUUAAGUUUAUCAUUUUAUAAAUAUUAUGUAUGAUAUACUAAAUAAUUCAAUAUUCUAAUUCCUUGGACCUUGGUUGUCGCAGUCUAGUGAUGAUGUGUACCUGUUAUCAUUCCAGAACUCUCAAAUUUGAAUCCAUAUCUCGAUUAUAUUUUUUUUCAAUAUUUCCUGUUGCUUUCCAGUUCCUACAUGGUUUUGCUAACAAAUCAGGAUUUAUUUUCAAUUAAAACAUUCUGAAUAAGUAUAACAACAUAUACUAUAUCCAUAAAAACAACAAACUUGACUAUAACUUCGAAACUAAUGAUAAGUACAAAUUUUUGUUAUAAUUUUGCUAUAAUUUUUAAAAUGAUGAUUUAUCUAGGUUUUGAAAUAAAUAAUUUAAAUAAUUAUAUGGUUGUAAACUGCAAUAGUUCUCUUUCUAGAACACUAUCAUGAUAUUGUGAUGCAAGCUAAAAUUGUAACUUAGGUACUGUUUAACCCUGCAUGUUGAUAGUCGAUACUAAAUAAUUUUAACUUAAACAGUAUCAAUAAUUGAAAUAUUAAUGUACACAUAAUAUUAUACAUCUGUAUAUGAGUUGUGGUUAACUGUUAAAUUUUGAUAAAAAAAAUUUAACUAUUGGGGUUACCUACUAUUUUACUUUUCUACUAUAACGGUUAUAUUUCUAUAAUUAUAAAUAUUGAAAUAUUUGUAAUUAUUACAGAAAUGAAGUAUGGAGAUAUCCACCUCAAACCAGAAACCGUUAUGAACAAUAUUUUAAAUGUUGGUUCCGUGGUAAAAAUGGACUCACAAUUGCAUUUGGAUUGGCAGCUACUGUUAUUGGCUUAGAAAAAACGUAUGAUUAUUUUUAUCCUCCAGUUCAUCACCAUAAAACAUCUUUUUAUCCAAAAUCUAGUAUUGAAAACGAGAAUCAACAUUGAUUCUGGUGACUUACACCAGAGUUCAAUUAUGUUUAGAAAAACAAAAUUACAGGUUUAUUGAUUUUAGUUUUAGUAUUUGAAUUACAAAAAUGUGUAUGAAUCAUGAGGUGCAUAAAUUAAUGCAAUAAACACAAUUAUCACAUAUGAUUUAUGUUUUAUGAAUCUAUCAGUUUUUAAUACUUUUUUAAAUAUAUAUUCAAUCAUGUACUAUAGAAUUAUCUUUUGUUUUUGAAUGUGGUAGCUAGUUUUAAAAGGUUAAAAUUUAAAAAAUAAAAUUAUAGACUCAUAGUUUAUUAGAAAAAUUAUAAUAUGCACAAUUUUUUAGUAAAAAAAAUACUUUGUGUUAAUCAUUUUUAUAUUGUUGAAUAAUUCAGUUUAAAGUGUUGGAGCCAUUAGACAUUAGAGGAAUGAGGUUUAAACCCCUCUAUCAUUUUUGUUUUUUAAAUUUUUUUUAUAUUUUUGGGUGCUUUUUUGUGGAUUUUAAGAGUAUAUAAAUCUAGUCUUUAAUAGUAAAUUUUAACUAAAUAAAUAAUAUGUUUGUGCUCAAAGAUAAAGUAGUGGAAUAUUAUUCAAAUGCUGCAUACUGUGUCGCCACAUAAAUGAUGCUUCACUAUUCUAAAAAUGGAAUAUUUUUUCAACGGGUUAACAGAAUUUAAAAAUUACAACACUUAAAUUUAUUUAAAUUAAAACUUCUAUUAAAAUUAAAACUCCAUCUAUUAAUGGAAUUUUAAAAUAUAGGUUGCCACUUAAAAAUUAACAGUGGGUAGUGGUUUCACAUCUAAAAACAAAGGUGAAAAAAUAAAGAUAAUGUAAUAUUUUAGAAUAUAAGAUUACCAAGUUUUAUGGGAGUUAUUUUUUGAAAAUAUAAGUAUUUUAUAGAAAAUAUGAUUGUAAUAUGAAAUUAUGAAAACUAUGCAAUAUCUUUAAGUAUUUUAUUCUAAUUACAGUUAAACUAAAUAAGUCAUGUUAUUGACAAUUGCAUUGCUUGUGGGAUACACAUGAUUAUAUCUUUAUUGUAUACUAGCAGCUUUAACCAGGCAUUGCCGGACAGUUUUUUUUAUUAGAAAUUUGUUUGAAAACAUAAGUAUAUUUAAGAAAUAAUUAUAGUUGAAUUAAAAAUAUUGUUUUCUUAUGUGUGUAAAUAAUAAUUUUAAAGAGAGAUCAUUAGAUCAAAAAUUAUCAGAAGAUAAAAAUGUAUUAUAAUAUUUUUUUCAAAUUAAAUAAUCUAAAUUUUACCUCUUGUUUAAACCUUUAAAAGUAAAAUUUUGGAUAAUUUUGAUAAAUCAAUUCUUUUUAACCAUACUUAAAUAUUUUAAAAUUAUUCUUCAUUUAGUUACCGCGAGAAUGGUUAUAUUUGUAUAGUGAGUUACACUCAAAUAAAAUUAUUUUUACAAUUAUUUGUUUUAUAGUUAACAAGACUACCUAGUCAUUUUACAGUAAAGUAUGGUGUGUGUAGAUUGUAGGUACAUAGUAAAUAUACACAACUGAGUUAAUACAAAAUUAAAAUAAAUUAUAUAUAACAAUAUUAUUAUGGAAUAAAUAUGAAGAAAAAAUAAAGGUUCAAUAUUGAAAAAUUCAGAAUUUUUUUUUAAUGCAGACCAGAAAAAUUAUGUUGCAUAUAGAAUAUGUUUUUUCUGUCACGUGCAGGCAAAAAAAAUUAUGCAAAAUGAUUAAUUUUAAUUGUAAACUGACCGCAUUUUCAUCCAUCUUUUUGUUAAAAUGUUGUACUAGGCAAUAAGUUAAUUUCCUUUCACUAAUUUUACUCAUCAUUAGAGAAAGAAUUUAUAUUCUCUUAUAAUCCACAAAAAGGUGCUUUAAAACAUUAAAAAAAACACUUACAAAUAUUGAAAAAAGCAAAAAUAAUAGAGGAGUUCAAAACUCCUUUUUUAAGUGAAUUUAACUUAUUUAAAUUCAGCUUAUUCCUAACAUUACAAAAAUGAUUCACACAAAAUAAGUUCUUUUAAAUAAAAUUGUACGUAUAAUUAAUUAAUUUUUACUAAAAGUUUUGUGGUGUUUGAAAAUGUUUUAUAAGAUAAAUCUGCUUUUGAACUCUUCUACAUUUUUGCUUUUUUCAAUAUUUAUAAGUGCUUUUUUUCAGUGAUUUUUAGAUGUUUUAAAACGCUUUUUUGUGGAUUAUAAGAGAAUAUAAAUCCGUACAAUUUAGAUUAUUUUGAAAAAAAUAUUAGUAUGUUUGUUUUUUUUUCUGAUAAUUUUUAAUCUAAUGAUUUUUCCUUAAAAAUUAUCAUCAACACAUAUAAAAAAUAAAAACAAAAAACCUUAACUUUUUUUAAAAACGAUGCCCGCGACAUUAACAAAUCUAAUAGAAAUUGGAAAAGAUUAUUAAACUUUAAAAAACACAAUAUCAAGAGAAGUAGAACAUCUGAUAAAAAAAAAAUUCUGAAACAUCCUAAUGGCCUAAUGUGUAUGUACAAUAUAUACUGUAUAAUAUGUUAUUAUUAUUAUUAUUUUUUUUUUUGCAUGGAUAUUUUUGAAAUAAAUCACUAUUUAAAUUUUAAAUUAACAAUAAUUUAAUCAAUAAAACAUAUACAAUUACAUUAGUUAUAAGUAACAAUAUUGUAAUGUUUUUGAUAUAACAACAGAUUUAAAAUUAAUUUUAUAUUUAAAUGGUAAUUCGUCUUUACUGCUACAUUUAUUUGAAGAUGAGCAGUUCAUCAACUACACUAUUUGAUCGACCAAGUCCAAUUUGCCGUGUUCCUAAGGCGCCUAACAACUUUUGUGAAGAAGUUGCUAAUUUGGUCCUGUUUUCAUGAUACUCCUUGGCAAAAUGCUAAACAGAAUAAUUUAGAAAGUAGAUGAUUAGUACGUUUUGUGGUUACAUCCUAAAGCGGAGACAACAAUAGCUACAAAUUAUUUAUGUCUUCCCUUAAAUAUUUUUAAAUCAGCUUGCAAAUUUUAAUUAAUCUAUGAAAAAUAUAUUAAUACCUAAUUAAUAAAUUAAUAUGUAUAGGUAAUAUAAUAUAUUUUUUUUUUUCAUAAAUUGCAACAUAACUGGUUAAAAAGAUUUUAAAAUUGAACCAGCGUGUAAAUAGUAUAAUUUUAGUAUAAAUAAAUAAUAGUAUAAAUUAACCAACACAUUAAUAAUGCAAAAUUAAGUACAUGAAUAUGAUUUUUAAUAAAAACAUUCACCUGUAAUUUAUAUGAAUUAAACAUGGUCUUUUCUCUUUUCUUAAUCAUGUAUUCCGUUGGCAACAGCCAUCUAUGUUCGUGGCAUUCUUCUGCUGACGGCCGUUUUCU